AUGGACGAUGAGAUGGGGGAUCAAAUUGAAGGCCCUAUGUACACAGUAGAUGACGCACUUGUUUCGAUGGGGUUUGGAAAGUUCCAACUUCUUGUGUUUGCUUAUGCCGGACUGGGUUCAAGUGUAGAGGCAAUGGAGGUGAUGAUUCUCUCUUUUAUAGGACCGUCAGUGAAGUCCGAGUGGGAACUCUCUUCUACUGAAGAGAGCCUGAUAACAACAGUGGUUUUUGCUGGUAUGCUAAUAGGAGCAUAUUCAUGGGGACUCAUAUCAGAUAACUACGGAAGAAGGCAAGACCUUCUGUCAUUAGAUAAAUGA